CCGCCGCCGAGCCGCCGCUGCCCGGGGCACGGACUGAGAGCCUGCGCCCGGCCCCUGCCAUGGCUUGGCCCCGGAGGCUGCCUGCAUGAGGAGCGAGGGAGAGCCCCAGCUCCAGCCCCGCCACGGCGCUUCUCCUCCGGCCGCCGCCGCCGCCGCUCGGGGAGUGAAGUUCUGAGCGCUCCCCGGGAGCCGACCCAGCCGCCGCGGGGCUGCUCCGGGCCUGGCGCUUGCUGCGUCCGGGACCUGCUGCUCCGGCCCCCCAGCACCCGCGCUUUGCCCCCGGCCGGGGCGGGUGACCCGGGGACGUGGGGCGGGGUUGGUCUGGUUGGCUGGCUGUUUUUUUUGGGGGGGUGGGUGGCUGGGGAAAGGGGGAGGACAAGCGGCAACUUCUUCUCCACAAGUUCCAGCCCCCUCCUCGCCCCCUUUCGAUGUGCGCCUUUGGACAUGCGGAGGCUACUGCAACCGUGUUGGUGGAUCUUUUUCUUGAAAAUCACCAGCUCCGUGCUCCAGUAUGUGGUGUGCUUCCCCGCUCUGACUGAAGGAUACGUUGGCUCGCUGCAUGAAAACAGACAUGGUAGUUCUGUGCAAAUACGGCGGCGUAAGGCCUCGGGGGAUUCUUACUGGGCUUACUCAGGUACAUAUGGUCCUGAGCACUGGGUUACUUCAAGUGUGGACUGUGGAAGCACUCACCAGUCUCCAGUAGACAUCGUAGACCAUCAGGCACGUGUGGGAGAUGAAUAUCAAGAAUUACAGCUUGAUGGUUUCGACAGCGAAUCCUCUAACAAGACAUGGAUGAAAAACACUGGGAAAACUGUCGCUAUCCUUCUGAAGGACGAUUAUUUCAUCAGCGGUGCUGGGCUGCCGGGUAGAUUCAAAGCCGAAAAAGUGGAAUUUCAUUGGGGUCAGAGCAAUGGAUCCGCUGGCUCUGAGCACAGCAUCAACGGCAAGAGAUUCCCUGUUGAGAUGCAGAUUUACUUCUACAAUCCUGAUGACUUUGACAGUUUUGGAGCAGCAAUUUUAGAAAACCGGAUAAUAGGAGCCAUGGCUGUGUUUUUUCAAGUCAGUCAGCGGGACAAUCCAGCACUGGACCCUAUUAUCCAUGGGUUGAAGGGUGUCGUACAUCAUGAAAAAGAGACCUUUCUGGAUCCCUUUGUACUGAGAGACCUUCUGCCGACAUCACUGGGAAGUUAUUAUCGCUAUACAGGUUCUCUGACAACUCCACCAUGUAGCGAGAUUGUAGAAUGGAUAGUUUUUCGCAGGCCUGUUUCUAUUUCUUAUCACCAGCUGGAGGCGUUCUAUUCCAUAUUUACCACAGAACAGCAAGAUCACGUCAAGUCUGUGGAGUAUCUGAGGAAUAACUUCCGACCGCAGCAGAGUCUGAAUGACAGGGUGGUGUCCAAGUCUGCUGUGAAAGACGCUUGGAGCCAAGAUGUGAUGGACAUCUUAGAAAAUCCAUUUGGCACAGAGGCUUCCAAAGUUUGCAGUACUCCCCCGGUCAACAUGAAAGUGCAGCCUGUGAACAGAACAGCCUUGCUAGUAACUUGGAACCAACCAGAGAUCAUCUACCACCCUCCCAUUAUGAACUACAUGAUCUCCUACAGCUGGACUAAAAAUGAAGAUGAAAAAGAGAAGACUUUCACCAAGGACAGUGACAAGGACCUGAAAGCCAUCAUUAGCCAUGUCUCACCUGACAUCCUUUAUCUGUUCAGAGUUCAAGCAGUUUGCCGAAAUGAUAUGCGUAGUGACUUUAGCCAGACAAUGCUCUUUCAAGCUAACACUACUCGAAUAUUCGAGGGGACCAGAAUUGUUAAAACAGGAGUGAAUAAUGGGCAGAAUGGAGUGUUUGGAAAGAAAAAGAAAACAAAAGGAAAAAAGAGCCGAGGUAGCAUAUCAGUGACCCCUACUGACACUCUCUCUGGUGUGUUUUCUUCCCAUGUCCCCUCUGGUGAUCGCUUCAAGCCUACAGCUUCUCCUGCUUCUUCAGCUGACAUGGCUCCCAUCAGUUCUGGAUCUUCUACCUGGACUUCUUCUGGUCUUCCUUUCUCCUUUGUUUCAAUGGCAACUGGAAUGGGACCUUCAUCCAGUGGAAGCCAAGCAACAGUGGCCUCCGUGGUGACCAGCACAUUGCUUGCCGGCCUUGGGUUUAGUGGUGGCGGUAUUUCCUCCUUUCCUAGCACUGUGUGGCCAGCCCGCCUUCCUAGUGCUGCUUCUACCAGCAAACAGUCAGUUAGGCCGGUGCUUACAACUCCUGAGGCUUUAUCUUCCCCAGGACCGGACAGUGAUUCCGCGCUGACGAAAGACAAUGAAGGAGCAGAGGAAGGAGAAAAGGAUGAGAAGAGUGAAAGUGAGGAUGGCGAAAGGGAACAUGAUGAAGAGGGAGAAAAGGAUUCGGAAAAGAAAGAGAAGAGUGCAGUGACAGAGGCUGCCGAGGUACAAAAUAACACUGAGACCACACUAACGACCAUUUCCCCUAACAGAACUGUAGAGGAGGAAGGAAAUAAAACCAUACCUGGUCAAGAGCAAAACAUUUUCCCAACAGAUAAGAGUCCUGAAGAAGAGAGGGUUACUGAAACAGACACUCGGCCCCAACCUGUUCCCUCCACCCAAGUGCCACCAGCAUUCACAAAUGAACAUUAUGAAGGGCAAAUUCCAAAGGGACCAGAGACAACAUCAAGAAAAGCUUUUCCCAAUGACCGCAGGUUUCCAGAGGAAAAUCCAUCCGAUAACAGAUUCAUCACCAUUAACCCAGCAGACAAGAAUAGCUCAAGUAUGGCAACCAGACCUUCUCCUGGCAAAAUGGAAUGGAUCAUCCCUCUGAUUGUGGUGUCGGCCCUGACCUUUUUGUGCCUCAUCCUCCUUCUUGCCGUGCUGGUUUACUGGAGAGAGUGUAACAAAAUAAAGUCCAAGGGCUUACCCCGACGUUUCCAUGAAGUGCCACCUUCUGGGGAGAGAACAGAGAAGGGGAGCAGAAAGUGUUUUCAGACGGCUCAUUUCUACGUGGAGGACAGCAGCUCGCCUCGAGUGGUCCCUAAUGAGAGUAUUCCCAUUAUACCUAUCCCAGAUGACAUGGAAGCCAUUCCUGUCAAACAGUUCAUUAAACAUAUCAGUGAGCUCUAUUCUAAUAACCAACAUGGCUUCUCAGAAGACUUUGAGGAAGUGCAACGCUGUACAGCCGACAUGAACAUCACAGCAGAACAUUCCAAUCACCCAGAUAACAAGCACAAGAACAGAUACAUCAACAUUUUAGCAUAUGAUCACAGUAGGGUGAAACUAAGGCCUUCGCCAGGAAAAGAUUCUAAGCACAGUGACUACAUUAAUGCUAAUUAUGUUGAUGGUUACAACAAAGCAAAAGCCUAUAUUGCCACCCAGGGACCUUUAAAGUCUACGUUUGAAGAUUUCUGGAGAAUGAUUUGGGAACAAAAUACUGGAAUCAUUAUCAUGAUUACAAACCUCGUGGAAAAAGGAAGAAGAAAAUGUGAUCAGUACUGGCCGACAGAGAAUAGCGAGGAAUACGGCAACAUUAUAGUCACAUUGAAGAGCACAAAGGUACAUGCCUGCUACACCGUCCGCCGUUUCACAGUCAGGAACACAAAAAUGAAAAAGGGUCAGAAGGGAAACCCCAAAGGGCGACAGAACGAGAGAACAGUUAUUCAGUAUCACUAUACACAGUGGCCUGACAUGGGAGUGCCAGAAUAUGCUCUGCCUGUGCUAACCUUUGUGAGGAGAUCGUCAGCAGCCAGGACCCCGGAAAUGGGACCCGUGCUUGUACACUGCAGUGCUGGUGUGGGCAGGACUGGUACCUACAUUGUGAUCGACAGCAUGCUGCAGCAGAUACAAGACAAGAGCACAGUUAACGUCCUGGGUUUCCUGAAACACAUCAGGACACAGCGCAACUACCUUGUUCAGACAGAGGAGCAGUACAUUUUUAUUCAUGAUGCCUUGCUGGAAGCCAUCCUUGGGAAGGAGACUGAAGUAUCUGCAAACCAACUGCAUAGUUAUGUUAACAGCAUCCUUAUACCUGGAAUAGGAGGAAAGACACGACUAGAGAAACAAUUCAAGCUGGUUACACAGUGUAAUGCAAAAUAUGUGGAAUGCUUCAGUGCUCAGAAAGACUGCAACAAAGAGAAGAACAGAAACUCAUCAGUUGUGCCCUCUGAACGUGCUAGGGUGGGUCUCGCGCCACUGCCUGGAAUGAAGGGAACUGAUUACAUUAAUGCCUCUUAUAUCAUGGGUUACUACAGGAGCAAUGAGUUCAUCAUAACCCAGCAUCCCCUUCCACAUACAACUAAAGACUUUUGGCGAAUGAUCUGGGAUCAUAAUGCACAGAUCAUUGUCAUGCUGCCAGACAACCAGAGCUUGGCAGAAGAUGAGUUUGUGUACUGGCCAAGUCGUGAGGAAUCCAUGAACUGUGAGGCCUUUACCGUGACCCUUAUCAGCAAAGACAGACUGUGCCUCUCUAAUGAAGAGCAAAUUAUCAUCCAUGACUUUAUCCUUGAAGCUACCCAGGAUGACUACGUUCUGGAAGUACGCCACUUUCAGUGUCCCAAAUGGCCAAACCCAGAUGCUCCCAUAAGCAGUACCUUUGAACUUAUCAAUGUAAUCAAGGAAGAGGCCUUAACAAGGGAUGGCCCCACCAUUGUUCAUGAUGAGUAUGGAGCUGUGUCAGCCGGAACGCUGUGUGCCCUGACCACCCUUUCCCAACAGCUGGAGAAUGAAAAUGCUGUCGAUGUUUUCCAAGUGGCAAAGAUGAUCAAUCUUAUGCGGCCUGGAGUAUUUACAGACAUUGAACAGUACCAGUUUCUUUAUAAAGCAAUGCUAAGCUUGGUGAGCACUAAGGAAAAUGGAAAUGGUCCCAUGACACUGGACAAAAACGGUGCUGUGAUGGCCAAUGAUGAACCGGAUCCUGCAGAAAGCAUGGAGUCUCUUGUCUAAUUGGAAUCUUGAAAAGGCACUUAAUUUGUAGAACUUCUGAAGACUGAGUGAACUUUUUUGAGGCCUUUUUUGCCAGACUCUAGGUUAUACAAUAACCCAAUUACUUUUUUACACUGAUAAAAGUUUUGAUAUUUAUUUUUUGCCAUUUUAUGUCUUAAUGGUAUCCUACUGAGCAUUCGCACCUCUGUUUCUUUCACUCAGUGCACCGCAAUUUUAUCUAGUUUGCACUAUAUGAUCAGUGUUACUGCCUAUAAUACUCUAAUACAAAAGCAAGCCCUGAUGUGACAUUCCAUGACAGCAAACAUGCUACUUUUUAGUUUAAAUACAGUGAAGUUUUGUUAACUACAGUGACCCUUGAAUCUUAAAUCCUGAAUGCUAGACCAGAUGGAUUCUUUCUACAAGAAAUACUGCACCCCGUCAUACUCCUAAUAUUUAUUGCUUUAAUUUUAAUUGUUGUAGGUCUUCUGUAUUCCAGUUCAGUGGAUAAGCAAUAUUCAUCCUUUCUUGAUAAAAUGUGGCAGGUGAUUACGAGCUACAGUGAAGGUAUAAUAGCCUCAUGGAGCUGAAACAAUUGCUUCUGUAUUGUUUCAGAUUCUGCUUUUGUAUACCUUGAGGCCUAAGAAUUGCUUCACGUGGAACAUAUAAAAUUACAUUAAAAAAACGUAUAGAACAACUCAUACCUGGGACACGGUCACGGAUUUUGACAUUACAGCUUCAAAGCUUCCCCAAUUAUUCAGAAUAAAAAUGUCAGUUUUAGAUUUUAAAGCCGCCAUAUGGGAAAGUGUGUUAUUUUUUAUUUUCAUCAAAGCCAAUUCAGUGAAAACUGUGCUACGAUCAAAAAUAGAUCUGUUUUCAGACACAUGAAGGUAGCAAUAUUUUACAUUACUAAGCUAUUCAAUCUUUUAAACACAUUAAUUUCCUUACUAUUUCUUGAACAGGACCUCACACCUAAUGGUAUGUCACAUGGCGAAGACAAGCGUUUCUUAAUUUCAUAACUGUUAGAUGCCAUUUUUACAGGUGUGUAAUUUUCUUAUUUUAGUUCUAAAACAUAAAGUACUGAUCCAUAUUUACUGGUGAAGCAAACUAAUAAAAAUAACUACCUAUAAAAGUACAUUCUUCCUCUUUUAUUUUUUGCCAAACUAAUUAUUUAGUACAAACCUCUUGAUUCCAUUCUCCCUCCCACAUAAAUCAAACAAUUUCCCCAAAUUACAUUAUUUAAACAGUGUUGUUAUCUUGAGCACUUAGAUGUAAUCCCUCAUUGGUUCCAUAAUCCUGUGCAUGUUGAUCCCAGUUCGGCAAAGUACUUAAGUCUAUCCCUAUCUAGCAAAACCCUUAAGCAACUGCUUAAAGCUAAGCACGUCCAUAACAGCUUUGCUAAAUAGGUAUGGUUUGCUCUAAAAUUGGAUAUGUUAAUUUGACAGUUUGGAUGUUUUGUGUAGCUUUAAAGGCAUUAUCCCUUAUAUAGAGAUUUAUUUUCAUUAGUUUUAAAUUUCAACCAAACAAAAAGGGCACUGUCAUGUUUCAGGACUUGCUGUCAAAAUAUUACAGCAUAUUUUUCACUUAAAUGUAAAACUAUGGUUUUUUUUUUUCCUGUUUCCAAUACACCCUCGCUCGGAUGUAAGCAUCUGCCAGGCAGGCCCACGUCUUUGGUUGAAUUAUUAAUUUGGGUUUCCAGAGGGUUAGAGAGAAGCUAGUGAUUCUGUGCAUUUUCAUACAAAAGGACAUUUAAAGUGAACUUUACGAUAACGUUAAGAGCAGACACUUGGGGCCCAGUCUUCAGUUGGUGUAAGUCAGCGUAGCUUCACUGAUCUGAAUGGAGCUGUGCUACGUUACACAGGCCGAGCCGCUGGCCCUUUAUUUUUAACGAUGGAAAGAUUUCUUCAUGCGGACAGACCUGGUUCAUCCAGAUUUCUAAGCAUUUGAAAGAUUUCACCAGUGACAACUAUGUCGUUACCUCGAAUUUAUUUGAAUUUAUUUAACCUGAUACUAGUGGUCCAAAAUAGCAGCUGAUACUACACAGCGAUGCAUUAAUACAUUCGUGUUUUCUAUCAGAAAAUCCCAUGUCCAGCACCAAGGAACUGAUUCAAAUAAAAAAUGUCAAGAUGACUCCGAAUAACCCUUCGGUGCUAGAGCUGUGGAGCGCCCAUCAAUAGCUCGCAUUAGGCAGCCUGGCACUCAGGGGUCAGCCAGUCUUAAUACACUAAGAGUUCAGAUUGGCUUUCCAAUCACUUCAAUAACAGGAAUCCUUCAAGCACAUUUCAAGUAUUGCUGCCUGCACUGCUUAGGCUGGGGCUGAGAGCCUUCCACGCGAAGUUAAUUUGCCAGUCUGCGCUGGUGCCAGACGCUUCAGUGCACCCAUUGCUGGCAAUGGCCGCUGCACCGGGAAAUUCCAGCUCUUGGCACGGGAGGACUGAUCGGCUCACGUCGGAAAGAUCUGAGUUCCUGGGGGGAUAUAAUUCAGGUCCUGGCAAGAACAGAAUGGCUUGCAAAUUAACAGAGGUAGUUAGAGAGUUGGAUUUGUUCAGUCCAUUUAGUAAUCAGCUACUCUUCAUUUCAGUACGGUUUUGGGGAAGGAAGUAGCACAGUGGAAGUGGACUGUUUUAAUGAGACACUGCCUGGCUUUUCUUGGGCUGAUUCCUUACACUUGUGCCAUUUUCUUUAAAGUCAAAUGAGAUAUGGGAACAGGGUUGAAUGUUGAUGAAUGUUUUUGAAAUCCAUGACACCGGGCUUAACCCCUGGGGAAAUAACUCAGACUGAUGUCUUGACUUUUCCCUGGCUUUUUUUCUCAUGGGAAUCAAGAAGUGUAUUGCUAUUAUGUUCAACUGUGCACCUGUUUCCCUGGGGCUGCAUGUGACUGAACAUAUGUUAACAGAUCCUUACGCAGAGAGGUCUGCUGAGAUGCUGGCAUUUGUCUGUCUCACCACAGUCAAGUCCCCCACGUGCAGGGCCACACACUGGCACAUCCUUGCUGGCUCCACUCUGCCCCUACACACAUUGUGAUGACAUUUCAAUCGUUAGUACAAUAGAGUUGUGAUGUCUUUCACACCUUGGAAAUUCUCAAAGGAUGUGCAAGUCUGCAAAUUAGGAAGAACUUAAGCAUUGCUUUGCUGUAAACAAUGGUCCUCACCACUUGUGCUCCGGGGGAAAGGGGAGUAAUGGAUUGCAAACGAGUGUGUGUGUUUUCGGGUGUGUGCGCACACACGCUUUCUAGAAAAUGUCAUUUCCCCAUGUUUUAUAAGUGUAUUCGGCCAGGAGACCAGGCGAGUGAAGUACAGGGCUUUUAUGAAUUGAGUCCUAGUAAUGACCAAGGAUUUCUGCAAAAGCUGCUGUCUGUUAACAACAUCCAAAAAUCAGUGGCAUUCUCCGCCUAAAGCCCCGAUCCUUCAGACACUUACUUACACGUUAAACUUUACACGUGUGAGGAGUUCUGUUAAAGUCAGUGGCACUACUCACAUGUGUACAGUUAAACACAUUGAACAAGUGUUUGCAGGACCCAGAGCUAAAGAACUUUCAUUCUAAAGCAGCAUUUGUCCUUGGCAUUUCAGAAUGUCUGUUUCUGAAUAUGAAUUUUGGAAACAAAAAAAGGCUAAAGUUUAUUCUUUGUGUUUGAUUCUGAUCUUUUAGUCCUCUCCUGUGGAUCCAUUCUGUGUAACUGGGUUUAUUUACUGGAUCAGCAAGGUUUCAAUCCUUCUUCAAAUAUCUGAUUGUUUGAAUCGCUUCGGCCCAGAGUGAUCUAUUGGAACACUAGAAAAACCACCUUUUUAAUGACACAGCACAACUGCCUUGUUGUUCAUCCUUUUCUGUUUUUUUUAAACAGAUACAUUUUAUUUAAAAGUUAAAAUACAGAUAGCAGUUUCUACCAAAGAUACCUAUUACUAAUUCUCAGCAAAAAAAAAAAAAUCGUAAUUUAAAGAAAAAAAAUAAAAUGUAGGAGUCUAAAAUAUUUAGCAGUCAUGCUCUCAAAUUCAUUCUCUUCUGCCAUCAACUCCUGUGUUCGGAAGUUUAUGUUUAAAUGGUGCCAGUGAAUUUUUAUAUGAAGGCAAAAAAGGCGUAAUUGUUAGUCCACUGCAUUGCUUUUAUUUCCCCUACUUUCUCUCUUUGUUGCCAUUCUAACAAUGUAAACUACAUUGGCUUUGCUUCUCUAAGGAGAAGGCACACAAAAUGGAGAGAGGAAGAGAAGGAACUGUACUGAAGCGAUUUGGCCUCUACUUUAUCUUCGCUGUUAAACUGUUUUUAGUAUUUUUGUUAAAUAUUUGCAAAGGGAAGCAUUUUCUACAGAAGAUAAUUAAUUUCAAGAAAAAUGUCUUGAGUUUUAAGAAUAAACAUGUCUCCAAAAGAGGAGAUAGUCAAUUUUAUAAAAUGUCACAACUCUCCAACAUUUGGGGUAGUGACUUUUUUGUUUGUUUGUUUUGUUAGAAUGUUUGAAACUAGCAAGCAGCCAUUGUUUCUAAAGAACUAAGCAUUCACGUCUACUCAUAUUUCCUUUUCCUUCAUUUUUAAAUAGCAGAAAUCAUUAAAACUGUAAAUAUUUUGUUGCUUGGGUAAGCAUCUUCUGGGAACUUUGUAUCUAUGGUAUAUAAUCAUAGAAUUUUAUAUUUUCAUAUAAAGCUAAUUUUUUUCUAGUUUCAACUCCUUCAUAGUUUUUUGUGGUGGACAUGUGAAUACAUACUUUCUGUGUAUUGAAGUAGUGAAACACGAUCAUCACAUUCCAAAAAGAAUUCAACACAUGUUAUUUCUUUGGGGGCAGUGAUUGUGAAAGUUGGAUUUUCUUUCAAUUCCAUUGUCAAUGUGUGCAAUAGGAAUUAGAUUUAGCCAGCCAUUGGAGAAGUUCGUUUCAUUGAUCCAUUAGGGGGGAGGUGGGUUGAAACUGGUGUUUGGUUUUGGGAAGUUAUGUUUUGUUUGCUUUUUGUUUUGUUUUUGGUUUUAGGGGUUUUUUGUUUGUUUUGGGUUUUGGUUUUUUUGUAACUUGAAAACCUCCUUUUUGUUAUGUUUAAAACUAUAUCAAAUCAUUCUAUUAUAGUGUUAUUUAAUAUGUAAAUUGUAUUGCUAUACAUAAAAUAAAGUAUGGUUUUUGAUGUA